CUGCUGUUUACAGCCCUUCUUGAGCUGACUGUUGGGGAAUGGCGUUGCCAACCAAGUCUAGCAUCCUGGACCUGAGCCUCAACACACAGUGCACCAGAUCUCCAGAGGAAAGCCAUGAGGCGUGGGCACAAUGCAAAGAUGCUGGCAGGCAGCUUCCUGAGUACAAGGCAGUGGUGGUGGGUGCAAGUGGUGUUGGUAAAAGUGCUCUCACUAUCCAGAUGACCCACCACUGCUUCGUGAAAGACCACGACCCCACUAUCCAGGAUUCCUACUGGAAGGAGGUGGCCCUGGACAAUGGUGGCUACAUACUGAAUGUGCUGGACACAGCCGGGCAGGAUAUCCACAGGGCCCUUCGUGACCAGUGCUUAGCAGCUGGCGAUGGCGUGCUGGGAGUCUUUGCUCUUGAUGACCCGUCAUCUCUGGACCAACUGCAGCAGAUAUGGUCCACCUGGAGCCCGAAUCAGAAGCAGCCCCUGGUACUCGUGGGCAACAAGUGUGACCUAGCGACGACUGCUGGAGAUGCUCACACUGCUGCAGCAAUCCUGGCUCACAAGUGGGGAGCCCCCUUCGUGAAGACCUCAGCCAAGACACGGCAAGGUGUAGAGGAAGCCUUUGCUCUGCUUGUCCAUGAGAUUCAGAGGGCCCAGGAGGCUGUGGCUGAGCCAAGCAGGGAGAAGACCCGACACCACAAAGCUGUGUGUAGCUGUGGCUGCUCUGUAGCCUGAAGAUCUUAGUCAAGCAAAUUGACCCUUCUCUUGUCAUGUCAAGAUGACAAUUCUCUUGGCAUGUGUCCCCUCCCCCACCAAAUAACAGUUACCAUGGACACCUUUUUAUUCUCAUUUGGUGAGGAGUUAGGUGGGAACAAUGGGGUGUCCAGCAUUGGCUGUGUUUUAUGAAGCUCUAUGCA